AUGUCAGAGGUCGAGAUCCUGGGGAUCAUCCUCGGUGUGUUCCCAAUCACUUGCGAUGCGACUAAAGACCUGAGUACAGUCUUUGGGAGGACCCAAGCAUGGUGGCAAUUCGAGACUUCGUUCGAGAACCUCAUCUCAGCUGUGGCAACGCAGGAAAUUGCCUACACUCAGAUGUUAGAGCGGCUCAUCGGCCCUCUUGAAAUUACCAACGAAGAAUACGAGAGCCUGUUACGCGAUCCAGGCUCGAAUCUUUGGCAUGCAGCUCAUGUUCGAGAGCAGCUGCAAAAACGUUUACCGCAACACAAGUACAAGUGGUUCAUGGACAAUUUGUUCAACCUGAACAUGGCGAUAGCGGACUUACAAAAGCUUCUGCCCAAUGAGAAGAGCGAACUCUAUCACCUGAAUACCAGCUUUAGUGCAGAGAAGGACCGGCUUCUAGCUCGAAUCACCGAUAUCAAUGAUGAUUUGCAUCGAUUCUUCGACGGGGACUCGGGCGAGUGUUUAGCACAUCAGUGGAAGUGCUGCUAUGCUACUGCACACAAAAUCGGCAUCAACGCGCACCUUAAAGCUGCCAAGUCACCGGCCACGUCUAAGAGCGAGUAUUUUGACAUCUUACUUGACGCCAAGGACUGCAGAACACAGCUAAGGCUGCAUUUCGAGGCUCUCAGCACCACUGGUAAAUCAGAUAAGACGAUGUUACCGCUUGCGGCACCGAAAGCAAAAUCCGCGAUAGAUAUCAAGAACCAGAUGCUUUUCAAACAGCAGAUCAAGUCUGGGGCUGAUGCGGCAAGUGAGAAGAGCGUUUCCGCGUUGGCAAUUACGUCUCUGGCGAUUUCAGCCCAUGCAGUUGAGGCGCCACGCCGAUCUAUACUCAGAAAUGCGACGAACAAGCUGAGAAAGCUCCAGAGUCGAACCCGCAUGAAAAGCGGUGGACAAUCGCCAUCCCUUGGCGGCCCGUCCGAGAAGAGCACUAGGUUGAGUCCCGUGGUGACAGGCACAUUAAGCACAUCAAGCACCGCAUCUGAGGUGACAAAUGAUUCGAGUCUGAGAACAGCACCUAGCAGGCAAGGAGAGCCAAACCUGGGUGAUGUGUCACGAUAUAGCAGCACCACCUCGUCUGCAUCCAAAGUGCGGUUCGCCGACGCCGCGCCUCCAACGCCGCCACCCGAGGAAUGCGAAGCCCGAGCAGAGGAGAUGAAGAGCAUGUGCGAGCUUGUGACCAAUUUUGACACCAUGGCUGAGAAAGCCAAUACACUGUCAGUGGAUGGAAAGAAGCGAGUCGUUCUGAUGCCUGAACCCAAAGACCAGGGCUCUAUCAAAACGUCAACGAUGCAAUCGAUUGAUAACUUCAUCCACUCCACAUCAAUGAGGCUUAUUCGGCUUUACAUCGGUCUCAACUUUGCCCGCAGCCUGCUUUGCCUCGCCACGUCCUCCUGGAUCCCGCCCAAGCUUGCAAAAGACAACAUCUUCCUCGUUUGCUGCGGUGCAGGCGGCAAAACGACCAGACAACUUGGCCCUUACUUUUCUCACAUCCCCUACGACGAAGCCUUGACGAAAACAAGAAGUCAGAGCACCUGGAACGCCAAGUCAUCCCUCCUUCUCCUCGGGGUGGUCCUCCUCGAGCUCUUUCAUGGCCAGACGCUCGAGCAGCAGAAUUCAUGGGCCGAGUCUCUGGGCGAAGACGGCCAGCCAGACGAGAACACGAGAUUCUGCGGCUCAUUUCUCUGGAUAUGUCGGACGACAGAGUCGUUGAAGGUCCAUUUUGGCGAAGAGCUCGGCAGGGCUUUGGCCGAGGCAAUUCGCAAGUGUAUUUGCUUUGACUUUGGUCGUGAUGAUGAGUACGGUGACCGGCGCCUCGCUGAGGUUGUGUAUCGGGAGGUCGUGGUGCCACUUGAGAAGUGCUGUCCACCAUUUUGA